AUGGUUCCAAGAUUCAAGCAUACCUCCAAACAUAGCCAAAAUUUAGGCGUGUCACCGGUUACGCUGUCCUCUGUGGCACCAGCAGAUUCAUUGACAGUUGUAUCUCCUUGUCCAGCAUCAGUCGAGUCCGACUCACCCAGUUUGCCAGCUGUACCUGCUUUUUCAGCAUCGCCUUCUGCCGCGGAUGCAGUACUGGCAGUGUCAGGCUUGUCAACUGUGAGUCCUCCUCCAGUUAUAAAUGCUGGUGCUCCAACUGCUGCUUUGUCUGAGGUAAAUCCCUCUGCGGGUUCUUCCACAGUAGUCAGUAUUUUGGCUGUGACAUCAUUGGAUGUGGUCAAUUCUGCGCUUCUCCCUCAACCUCCGCCAGGUCCAAUAUUGUUGUCUGAUGCCUGCACAUUGUCUGAGAGUAUUGAAGCUUGGGCUACUUCGCCACUGCCAGUUUCAUCUGCAACGUCAACGGUGUUUGGGUUUUCCACCCAGCCUACAGAAUCUUUUCUAUCCACUUUCCCCCAAAGUCUUCUGCCUCAACCAGAGCCGAUUGAAACCUUUGACCCAAAACACAGUAUCUUGUUAAAUAUGACAGACCUUGAAUUUCAGGAACUCUCAGAUGCCGCUUUGCGCAAUGCCGAAGGAUUUUCUAAUGAGGAUUGGGCUCAUUUGUGGAACAAUGGUGCUUUCAAUCCUGAGACCAACUGUGAACAUCCCGCAAACACUGGCUCCCCUCUUCCUGAAGUCCCUACUCCCAAGGAGCAGUUUGAUUGCUCACACCUCUCAGCCUUUCCCGAUGAGCAGUGUGGCGAUUUCCCAUUCCUCCCGACCUUCCUCAAACAGCCAUCGAAUUUCUCCAGCUCCAAUAUGGUCACCAAUUCUAUAAAUAAUCUACCACAGGUCCCAAAGUCAUUGGCUGCGGUCAAUCUGUUUUCUGUCAGAUUGACCACUUCACAGAUGACUUUGGCUGCGAUCACCUCGUUGAAUGCCACUUCCUUGCCAUCUACAGCAUCUACUCUUGUCUCCCUUCUGGACUCAACUGGGACCACCUUGUCAAAUCCGCUAUCGGGUUCUUUGCCAUGUACACCAUCCACCCUCACCUCCGUUCUAGACUCAAACCCAGUCACCAGGAUGAUCUCACCAGAUUCGCGAGCUGAUUCUUUGCCAUCUACAACAUUUGCCCCUGUCUCCAUUUCGGACUCGAUGCUAGCCACAAUUGAUACUACAUAUCCCCAAGCCGCAUCCAUAACUGAGCCUAGUAGAGAAAUUCCCACAAGCGACUACAUGUCCAAUCCUGCUAUAUUGUCUGAACCAAUCUCUGAUCCCAUGGUGUCCAACCUCGCAGGACCUGCUCUCUUAGCAGCAUCACUGGCGCAAAAUCCUAAUGCUCUCGCUCAGACACAUUGCGAUCCCUGGAAUCCAGUCAACGAUUUCUUGACCAGAUCAUCUGCUUCCAAUAUUCUCUUGGAAGUAUCAACCAAAGGGAAAGGGUCUUCCAAAAGACACAGAAUUUUGAAGAAGCGGCUCACUUUGAAGCAAGGUAGGACUGCAAUGAAACCUGUGAUAGCAAAGACGGUUGGUAUUCUUAAAGCAGACAAUAUGUCAAAGGACAAACUUGCAUUGACAGUUGGUACGCCAAAGAUCAACCCACCAUCGAAGAAGAUCACCUCUGUAUUGACGGACAAUGCACCAAGGAGUGACCCUGGAUGGAAACAGGUGGUGUGUCUCAAGAAGAUAAAGCUAGUUCUUCGUGCGCCUGGUGUUGGAGCCAUGCACAAACCCACACACGAAGCUGUCAUUUCCCUGCAAUUGACGAAGGAAAACAUUCCUCUGCAUCAUUUGACAAUUUCUGGGCCUACUCCUCCUGCUCAUUCUCAAUCCAGCACACCUGAAAUAAUAGAUGAUGGCUCUGUUCAUUCUCAGCAUGUUUGA